ACUAGUCACUGCUCAAGAAAAAAAAAGCAACAAAAGUGCGUCGUGGUGGUGCUGCCGGUUUUGACUGCCUACCUGACCCGCCACUCCCGCAUUCCUUCUCCUCUCAGGCGGUGGUGGCGGCGGCGGCGGCAGCCAAGAAACGCAAGGCGAGAUUGAUUCUUUACCAACUGUAUCGCCAUUCAUUCCUGCUCAUUGGGCGUGGGGUUCCAACCUAGAAAUCGGUCCUUUUCCGCGCUACUAGUGGGCAGUGGAUUCGGAUGGGAGCCGCUGAAAAAUAGCACCUUUUUCUGCCCCAAGAUGCCUGUUUCCGCUUCUUUUCCACGCCACACCUUUUGAAUCCAUUGCCGUCACCUCCACUUUUGCAGCACUAGUUGUUUCUCCGCCUGUGCUUUGGAGUUUGGAGGGGGCAGAGAACACUAUCCUGUCGAUUCAGGAAAACAGGCCGAGCCUAAUGGGCAGGAAGAGCGGCGGCGGCGGCGGUGGCGCGCGAUUGCAAUGCGCCGAGGCCAAACCGGCGGCGGAUUGGAGCUGCUGCUUCCUGGCCCUGCCACCGGCAGCGGCAGCGGCAGCACCGUCCUGUGCGGAUGGCGAUGGUGGUUUCAACCUCUCCUGGAACCUCCACCAGUCCUUCCACCCGCCGGCCGGCCUCUUCGCCAGCAUGGGCCAGCAGGUUGGGGUUGGCUUCCCGGGGGCUUCGUCUAGGUCCCCGUCGCCGGAGACACCACGGGACCCGUACAUGAAGUACGUCUCGCCGCCGGAGGUUGUUGAGACACCUCUGCCGGGGGAAGGUGUGGUGGGGUUGAAGGACAAGGGGCAGAAGAAGAAAGUCGUGAAGCUCAAGAUUAAGGUUGGGAAUCAUCACCUCAAGAGGCUCAUCAGUGGGGCAAUCGCAGGCACUGUGUCAAGAACUGCUGUUGCACCUUUGGAGACGAUCAGGACGCAUCUGAUGGUUGGGAGUAAUGGGAAUUCGACAACGGAGGUGUUCCAGUCUAUCAUGAAGCAUGAGGGAUGGACUGGCUUGUUCCGUGGUAACUUUGUUAAUGUCAUCCGGGUAGCCCCAAGCAAGGCAAUCGAGCUUUUUGCCUUUGAUACAGCUAAUAAAUUCUUGACCCCCAAAUCUGGGGAGGAGCGGAAGAUCCCAGUCCCUCCUUCACUAGUGGCUGGAGCAUUUGCAGGUGUUAGCUCAACACUGUGUACAUACCCUCUGGAAUUGAUUAAGACACGGUUAACUAUACAGAGAGGUGUGUAUGACAACUUCCUUGACGCAUUUGUCAAAAUCGUCCGUGAUGAAGGGCCUACUGAACUCUACCGAGGCUUAACCCCAAGUCUGAUUGGAGUGGUGCCAUAUGCUGCAACCAACUACUUCGCUUAUGACACCCUGAAGAAGGUGUACAAGAAGGUGUUCAAGACAAAUGAGAUUGGCAACAUUCCAACACUGCUCAUCGGGUCUACUGCAGGAGCUAUCUCAAGCACAGCGACAUUCCCUCUUGAGGUCGCACGGAAGCACAUGCAAGUUGGAGCUGUCGGUGGCAAGAAGGUUUACAAGAACAUGCUUCAUGCCCUCCUGAGCAUUCUUGAGGAUGAAGGGGUUGGGGGCCUGUAUAGAGGGUUGGGGCCAAGCUGCAUGAAGUUGAUGCCUGCUGCUGGGAUUUCGUUUAUGUGCUAUGAGGCUUGCAAGAAGAUUCUGAUCGAAGAAGAAGAGAAUGAGUGAAUUGUGUGCGGCGGAUGCAUUACCUCAUUAGAGCUCAGUUUUGCGACAUCCUGACAGCAGGCAGCUUUCAUUUCUUUGAAUCGAGUGGUGCUGGAGCUGUUUGAAGCUCAAGACUCAGGUUACUGCUGCAGUCAGCAGAAGUUCUUAACCUGCUUUUGCAUUUAGUUUGAUCUGAUAAAUUCACUUCUUUUUCCCAGAUUUACUUUUCGGUACCACUUAUGUUGAAAACAUGCCUUUCGAAACUCAUUACUGGGAUGUAUGAAAACAUUCAGAUGACAUAGGCAAUCAUAAUUCACAAGUGGUGAAGCUGCAA